UUGCGAGGGCCGCAUUGGUACACUGGUGCGCCAUUUUCUCGCAUAAAGCCGAAAAAUUCACACAGUGGCCGAAAGCGAGAAAUUGCACAGUGCAAAAAGGUGUUUGGUAAUUGGUGAAAAGUUUUGCGCGAACCGUUGAGCGUUUGGAAUGUGCCCGCCGCCCGCGCAGCGAUGAAAGGCAGCUAAUUGCGGCCCCAAAGACGCGCUCUCCACAACAAAACUCGUGCCGUUGGAAACCCGUCGUCGGUUGGAUUGGAAUCGCCGACUCGAUUGUGGAGUAUAUUGCAUCGCAUUCGCCGCCAAAUAAAUGCGAGAAAAGCCGUCAGUGCAGGGCGGGCCAGAAAGAUAAUACUUCUUAUGUCUAUAUAAACAAGCGCACAGCGAGAUUCGGUUAAGAAACAGAGGAACAACAUAGCCAUGGAGGAGAUAUCCAGCCUAGACUCAUUCGGCGCCGAUUCCAACGCGCGACCGGAGUCGGCCACACCAAGGCCAGAGGAUCAGGAGCAGCAGGAUCAGCCAGCUGCGGCCACGGAAACACUAGACACCCCCACUUCCCCGCCCGCUGAGGAUGCAGUGGCCCAGGAAAGCGAACCACCGCCACCGGAGGACUCUUCCGCCAAGGAGCCCGAGGACGACUUCGAACAGAUCUCCGAGGGCUCUCUAGACGCCGAUGACAACCAGUCGCAGGAAAAGGCCGCCAGUCCGCAGGCAGAUCCCGUGGAGGCGGAGCAAACCGCCGAAGAGCCACAGGCCGCUGAGGAGCCGCCGGCAGAGGAGGACGAGCAGCAGCCACAAGAAGCCACAGAAGCGGUUAGCGUAGAUCCCCAGGAAGAGCAGGAGGAGGCGGAGGAGGAGACAGAUGCCCUGCAGGCCACAGCGGAGGAGGAGGAGGCCGCUGCCGCCGAAGCAGAAGCCGAUGCGGUGGAUGGGGGCCCAGCCUCUCCAGAAGCCAUGGAUGUGGACGACGGAGAAGGUGAAGGGGAUGCAGAGGGAGAAGCCGAUCACGAGGCUGAUCCUGAAGCAGAAGAGGAGGCAGCUCACGACCGAGAGGCGGCGGACGAUGUGGAUAUGCAGUCUGUGGGCGGAGAUUCCCACCUAGCCGAUGACGCAGAGCCCCCAGAGGGCCGCGACGAGGUGGACACCAGUCUAGAGGAGCAAGACAAUGGCCAAGAUGCAGACGAAACGGAAAAAGAUGCGCCAGGCGAAGAAGAUGACAAUCCAGAGGCCGAUGCAGAUUCGGAACAGGUGGAGGAAGCUGCGGAAGAAGCUGGUGAAGCCGAGCAUGGCGAUGACACUGUUGAAAAUGUGCUGGAGCCCGAGGAAUCGGACGUCUGCCUGAUUCCCGAUGAUCAGGAGACGGAGGUGACUGAGGCCGAAAAGGAACUGGCCCGCGAGAACGCUGAGAAGGCCGCCGAAGAGGAGGAGGCCGAGGAGCGGCAGGCCAAGACGCCUGAUAACGAUGGGAAGUCCCUGGCGGAUGCUGCCGUUGAUACAGAAGACGGUAGUGCCGCUGUUACGGACCCCACCGACGAAUCCCCGUCGACACCGAAUGAUGCUCAAGCUGGAGCUAAGGCGGCGGCAACAGAUAUUGCCGAAGACGACGGAGCUGAUGCAGCUGCCAACGAGGAUGAGGCUGGCGGCGAUGCUCCGGAUGCCGACGAGCCUAACGCUGAGGAAUUCUCCAGUGUAGGUGCGGGAGAAUCGGGAUCAACGCCGAAAAUCAUCAUCAGCUGGAUCGUGGGCAGCGUGCAGAAGUGCAAACAGUGCGACAACGAAAAGAACUGUGGCUUCAGGUUCAAGAAACCCGAAGAGUCGGAGGACCAAAAUAAAGACAAGGACAAGGGGGAGGAGAAUGCAGAGGAGGAGGCGCCUCCGCAAGAGCCUGUUCCCAGCGGCUUCGAGUACAUCUGCGACACCGCCUGUGUCAAUGCCCUGCUAGACGAUCAACCCGGCAAGUACUUUGUGCGCCGCAAAAAGUUCCUGGUCGAGGAGGUGGUUCGGGAAGAGGGCGCCGCCGAGGCAGAGGCCGAGGGCGAAGAAGCUGGAGAGGAUGCCAGCGCCGCCAAUACGCACGAUUGCCUGCAGUGCAAGGAGCAGAUGCGGUGCAAGUACUUCAUCAAGCAGGACCAAGACUGCUUCUACAUCUGCAACGACGACUGUUUCAAUCUGCUCAACGCAGAGGAGCCGGAAAAAUUCAAGCUGAAGCGCCACUCCAUCCGAGUGCGCAACAUUGGCGCCACAACGAUCCAGCAGCCUCAAAACUCGCCCAGCAAACAGCCCGAGAGCAGCGUGGUGGCCAGGACGCUGGCCGAGGCGGAGACGGCGCGCCUGGACAGGAUCGAGAGCUUCAGGAGGCGCUGCUCCGACUGCGAGGCGGAGAUCAAUACCAACGAGAAGCAGCUCAUGUGGGAGACCAUGGACUUUUGCAAUGAGGUGUGUCUGGGCAGCUAUCAGCGCACGAUCGGCUCCACCUGCGUGACGUGCAAACAGGAGGUGAGCUCCACGGCCCUCGGCAAGUACUGCGUGCGAUUCGGCUUCGAUGUGCGGCAAUUCUGCUGCGCUGGGUGCCUGAACACCUUUAAGAAGGGUCUGAAGACCUGCUCCUGUUGCCAGAAGGACAUCAGUGGCGGGCAAGAGGGCUUCCUGGCCCCAGUGGGCGAUAAGGACCAAUUCAAGGACUUCUGUUCGCAAGCCUGCCUGCGGCGCUACGACAGCAUGUGCAAUCCCCGUCGAAAGCUGCGCACCGAUGUGUGUGGCGUUUGCAACAACGAGAAGCCAGUGCGCGUGGAGAUGCUGCUGGAGGACAGAGAGCACUACUUCUGCUCGAAUCCCUGCUUCUCGGCCUUUAAGUUUGUGAGCAACGUGAACGCCGACCCGUGCGCCAUGUGCUCCAAGUACUUUGAGCGGCGGAGCGCCGAGGCCUACACCAUCUACAACGAACAGCAGUCACCGAAGGUCUUCUGCUCGCGCGUCUGCAUCAACGUCUACAUCAUCGUCAACCGGCACAUUGUGUCCUGCCAGUGGUGCAAGGUGAAGAAGUACAACUUUGACAUGAUUUACCAGGUGGGCGGACAGCAGGACCAGGAGACGCUCACCUGCUCCAUCAACUGUCUGACCAUGCACGGCGUAAGCUGCAACAUAUCCGCCCGAGCGGUGACCAAGUGCGACAAUUGCUCGAACUUCAAUACGCCGCAAUAUCACUUGACCAUGUCGGACGCUUCCAUGCGCAACUUCUGCACCUACCAGUGUGUAAUGCAGUUCCAAAAUCAGUUCUCCCGCGCCCCCCUCACCCUGGACAGCGAUCUGCCGCCCAGCAGUAGUGCCGCCAGCAGCUCCAAGUCGCUUCAGCAGAGCCCCUCCGCGCGGGGCAACAAGAAUGCGGCACCCUUCCCCACGGGCCUGCCCAAGCGCGUCAAGCUGAAGCUCUCCCAGCAGGCUGGAAAGAAUGUUGGACCUGGGGCCAAGAAAGUGGGAUCCGGUACCAUGCUACCGGUUAUAUCCACGGUUCAAUCGCUCGCCAGCGGCGAAACAGAGGCCCGGAUUGGCAAUGUGACUGUGCGGCGCAAGCGCGGACGUCCCCGGGAAUCGGGAGCAUCGCCUCCACCGCUCGCAAUGUCGUCGGCCCACGCGCCUAAUCCUCGAGGAAGACCCCGCAAGCAUGUGGACUACUCUGUACGGUCUCCCUCACCCGUUCAAACGCCCAACUCCCACUUGGCGAUCGGCGGCAGGCGAAAUACCACCACCACGAUGGACUUUGGCCCGGCCACCGUGUCCGAGACCAAGAUCAUCACAGUGCCACCAUAUCCCAAGGCCGUACGAAACGUGAACAUUAGCUGUAAGCCCUUGACCGUGUCCACGGGCGAGCAGUGCACCCCGGAUGUGCGCGAUUGCGCCACCCAGACGGAAAAGGACUACUCCAACAAGGUGCUCAUCCCGGUUCCGGUGCCCAUCUUCCUGCCGCAACCCAUGUACAUGUACUCGUUGCCGUUCCCAGUGCCCGUUCCCAUUCCGCUUCCAAUCCCAGUGCCCAUCUUCAUACCCACCACACGCAACACUUCACAAGGCAUUCUCAAGGAGAUCAAGAAGAUACAGGACAAGAUGCCGGAGGAUCCGCUGGAGGCGGAGUUGCUCAUGAUGGCCGAGAUGGUGGCCGAGGAGAAGCACGAAUCGGACUCGGACUCGGACAACGAGAUCAAGCCGGAUCCGGGACUGGUCACGCUGCAGUACCAGAACAGCCUCGAGUCCGUCGCCCAGCAGCAGCAGCAGCAACAGGUGGUGGACGUCAGUGGAGCCGGGCACAAUCCAUAUGGCGACGACAUGCUGCAGAUCGCCCUCAAGAUGGCCACCGGCGAUUAUGACAAUCAUCACCAGACCUCGACGGUGGACCUGGAAACGUCGAUGACGGCGAAUACGAUUAGCAGCCAGUCGCCGAUGGGCCACGACGGCAUGGGUCAGAUGGGAGUGCAUCACCUGGACCAGCAGCAUCAUAUGCUCGAUGCCACGCAGCGAACCCCGCGAGGUCGCAAGCGAGGCGUUGGCGCAGUCAUGGAUUCGCCCAACCGCAAUAGCCGCUCGCCGGUGAAGAGGCAACGUGGCAGCGAAAUGGACCACUCGGCCCUUCAGCAGCAAUCGCAGCAGGCUCAGCAGCCGCAGGAGAAGCCCGACGCCCAGAUGUUCCUGAAGUACACCUUUGGUGUGAACGCUUGGAAGCAGUGGGUGAUGACGAAGAACGCGGACAUUGAGAAGAGCUCGAUGCGUCGACGACCCUUCAAAACGGAGCUGCUCCAGAUGACCGCCGACGAGCUGAACUACUCGCUCUGUCUUUUCGUCAAGGAGGUGCGCAAGCCCAAUGGCACGGAAUAUGCGCCGGAUACCAUCUACUACCUUGUGUUGGGCAUCCAGCAAUAUCUGUAUGUGAACGGACGCAUAGACAACAUCUUUUAUGACCCAUACUACGAGCGGUUUACGGAGUGCCUGGACGAGGUGGCGCGCAAGUUCUCCGUGCUGUACAACGAUUCGCAAUACAUUGUCACUCGCGUGGAGGAGGAGCACUUGUGGGAGUGCAAGCAACUGGGCGCCCAUUCACCACACGUCCUGCUCAGCACGCUCAUGUUCUUUAACACAAAGCACUUUAAUCUGACGACCGUGGAGGAACACAUGCAAUUAUCCUUCUCGCACAUAAUGAAGCACUGGAAGCGCUCAUCACAGAAUUCCAAAGUUCCUGGCUCACGAAACGUGCUCUUACGAUUCUAUCCACCGCAGGCGGGUCUGGAUGCCAAUCCGCGGAAGAAGAAGGUCUACGAGCAGCAGGAGAAUGAGGAGAAUCCGCUGCGCUGUCCCGUCCGCCUUUACGAAUUUUAUCUCUCUAAAUGCCCCGAGAGCGUGAAGACCCGCAACGAUGUAUUUUAUCUGCAGCCCGAGCGCUCCUGCGUGCCCGACUCCCCCGUUUGGUACUCGACGCAAGCCCUGGGGCAGGACGCACUCCAGCGGAUGCUGCACCGCGUCAAGAUGGUCAAGGAAAUCAACAUCGCGCUACUGACGACUUAAUGUUUAAUUAGGCAGUUAUAUCAUUGUGUACGUGCAAGGCUUGUCCUGCAAUGACACCCGGAGGACGAUUCUUCGGCUUGGUGCUUAGCACGAGUUUGUUUGCGGGCAAAACCAAAUAGGGCUAACCUAGGAGCGAGAGUUGUGCUAUAUUAUAAAUUGUUUUAAACUUACUUUUACACCUAUUUUCGAUUGUCUAUAUUGCUAUACCAUGAUAGCGCCGAGAGAGAGGAGACCUUGUAUAAAAAUUGUGAACCGAUAACCAAGCCCAUCUCACUUUCGAUUGAAUUAUAAUAAUAAACUAGAAACCAGCAAUCCACACACGAAACACCCACUCAUAAACACACACGCACACAUGUAGACACCCCGAGACAUCUUCAUUAGAUUAGGAUCGUAAGCCAGAACCCCCACGCAUCUUUAGUCAUUACUUAGAUUGUUUAGGCGAUAAGGCAAUAAGGAUGUGCCCCGACCGACCGGAUAAGUGCAUGUAUGUAUGUACAUAGAUCGACGAUAGAUGACAGAUGACCGGUGACCACACAGUGAGUGUACAAUGAGAGUUGUACAUAGGAUGCGAGCCUUAACCAUUAGCCGCGCUGUCGUUGUAAGUGUUGAAAUGUAAAAUGCUGUACUCCUUAACUGCAAGAUCGAAGUGCAUGUACAUGUCUAUAUAUAAAUACAUACAUACUUUCAAUGAA